AUGGUUGGUUUCCAAUUGGGAUUCGAAGCCAUCCUCGGAUACCUGGUGUUCCGGAGCCAUGAUACCAGCGUUGUUGACCAGCACAUCAAUGAUGGGUACAUCGUCCCAAAACUUGGCCUAGUCAGCCGCUUUACGAACGCUUGUGAAGGAUCCGAGAUCCAGCUGGAGAGUCCGGGUCUCGGCCUCUGCUUCUGCAGCGAAUAUUUCUUGAGCCGUCUGCUGGGCUUUGGAUGA